CUUAAUUAUCAUCUACAAUGAGAACUGAGCUAGUCUCACCACUUUUGGCGAUGCCAUUGUUUUGGCUGUGCCUCUGUAACGAACUCUUUGUGGUUUCUGGCCUUUGUCAUGAUGAUCAGAGGUCAUUGCUGCUCCAGCUCAAAAACAACCUCACCUACACCUUUGAAAGCAGCACCAAAGUGAAGUCAUGGAAUCCAACUAAUGAUUGCUGCGGCUGGAUAGGGGUAUCUUGUGACAAGGAGGGACACGUUACUUCUCUUGACCUCAGUGGAGAAUUAAUCACCGGUGGUUUUGGCAAUUCAAGUAGCCUUUUCAGUCUUCAACAUCUCCACAAAUUGAAUUUGGCUUAUAACGAUUUCAAUUCUGUCAUUCCAUCUGCAUUUAAUAGGUUGGAAAAUUUAACGUACCUGAAUUUAUCAUGUGCGGGCUUUCGGGGUCAGAUUCCAAUAGAGAUUUCUCAAAUGACAAGGUUGGUUACUCUUGAUCUCUCUUCUUUUCUUAUGUUUUACCCUAGCAAUGAGCUGAAGCUUGAAAACCCAAAUCUACAAAAGCUUGUCCGAAAUCUCACCAGUAUUAGGCAACUGUAUUUGGAUGGUGUAAGUAUAUCAGCUGCAGGACAUGAAUGGUCCAGCGCUUUGAUGUCACUGCAUGACCUGCAAGAAGUUCGCAUGUCAUGGUGCAAUCUCUCAGGACCCCUGGAUCCUUCCCUAGGAAGUCUUGAGAAUCUAUCAGUUAUUGUUCUUGAUGUGAACAAUGUAUCAUCCACAGUGCCAGAAACAUUUGCCAAUUUGAAAUUUCUGACCAUCCUAAGUCUUUCUUCUUGUCAGUUGACUGGAACAUUUCCUCAGAAUAUCUUCAAGAUUGUAACAUUGUCAAUUGUUGACAUAUCUUUAAACAACAAUCUCCAAGGUUUCUUUCCAGACUUCCCACAAGGUUCUCUUCAGACCUUAAGAGUAAGUAACACAAGCUUCUCUGGAGCAUUUCCAAACUCUAUUGGGAACAUGAAGAACUUAACUGAAUUGGACUUUUCAUAUUGUCUAUUUAGCGGAGCGCUUCCCAAUUCACUGUCAAACCUCACAGAACUCAGUUACCUGGACUUGUCAUAUAACAACUUCACAGGUCGAAUUCCAUCAUUUGAAAUGGUCAACAAGCUUACCUACUUAGACCUUUCUAAUAAUGGUUUGAGUGGUGCAGUUCCAUCAUCUUUUCACUUUGAAGGACUGAACAAUCUUGUUAGCAUUGAUUUGGGUUAUAACUCGAUUAGUGGGAGCAUUCCUUCAUCUCUUUUUACACUCCCACAGCUGCAAAAAAUUAUGCUUUCCCAUAAUCAGUUUGGUCAACUAGACGAAUUCACAAAUGUGUCUUCUUCUAAAUUAAAAAUACUCGAUUUAAGUAGCAAUAAUCUAUCAGGGUCUUUUCCAACAUCUAUAUACCAACUCAGUAGACUCUCUAUCCUCAUACUUUCUUCAAACAAGUUAAAUGGGACAAUGAAUCUAGAUAAGCUUUCAGAGCUCAGAAAUUUAACCACAUUAGAUCUUUCAUACAACAACUUAUUAGUCGAUGUCAAUGUUACGAAUGCCAAGCCGUCUUACUUUCCCAGCAUUAGCAAUCUAAAGUUAGCAUCCUGCAACUUGAAAUCUUUCCCUGAUUUCUUGAGAAAUCACUCCUUAAUCGCCUCUCUAGAUCUUUCGGAUAACCAUAUCCAAGGAAUAGUGCCCAGCUGGAUUUGGAAACUACAGAAUCUUGAAAGGCUUAAUAUUUCUCAUAAUUUGUUGACUCAUUUGGAAGGACCUUUUCAGAAUUUCUCUUCCAAGUUGUAUGUCCUUGAUCUUCAUCAUAAUAAACUUCAGGGGCCAAUACCUGCUGUUCCUGAAAAUGCGGUCUAUUUGGAUUUCUCAAGCAACAAUUUUAACUCUGUUAUUCCACAAGACUUUGGUAAUUACCUGCCUUUCACAUUCUUUCUCUCUCUCUCAAACAAUACUUUGAGUGGCAGUAUCCCUAAUUCCCUAUGCAAUGCUUCAUAUCUUCAAGUGCUUGAUCUUUCCAAUAAUAACAUUUCUGGAACAAUUCCAUCAUGUUUAAUGGCAAUGAAUAAGAGCCUUGGGGUAUUAAAUCUGAGAAAGAACAAACUCACGGGCCCUGUCCCAGAUACCUUUUCAGAUGCUUGUUCUCUAAGGACUCUGGAUCUCCAUAACAACAAAUUAGAUGGAAAGAUUCCAAAAUCUCUUUCAAAUUGUACUUCAUUAGAAGUCUUGGACCUUGGAAACAACAAGAUUAUGGAUGGCUUUCCGUGUUUGUUGAAGAACAUAUCCACAGUCCGGGUCUUAGUCUUACGAAAAAAUAAUUUGCAUGGUCAUAUUGGAUGUCCAAAGACCAAAGGCACAUGGCAUAUGCUUCAAAUAGUGGAUCUGGCCAUCAACAAUUUCACUGGCAAGCUACCUGGAAACUGCUUCACAAGGUGGGAGGCAAUGAUGUCUGAUGAAAACCAAGCUGAAUCCAAGGUAAAACAUAUCCAAUACCAGUUUCUUCAAUAUGGUAACCAAAUAUAUUAUCAUGAUUCAGUGACAGUUACAGUAAAAGGUCAACGGAUGGAUCUGAUUAAGAUUCUAACUGUCUUCACUUCGAUCGACUUCUCAUCCAACUAUUUUGAAGGAGAAAUACCAAAUGAGUUAUUUGAGUUUAAGGCACUCUAUACGCUUAACUUGUCAAAUAAUGCUUUUUCUGGCAAAAUUCCACAAUCAAUUAGAAAUCUGAAGGAGCUUGAGUCCUUAGACUUAUCAAUCAACUUACUGGAAGGAAAUAUUCCCACAGAACUUGCAACUUUAUCCUUCCUAUCAGUCCUGGACCUCUCCUUUAAUCAUUUGGUGGGAAAGAUCCCAACAGGCACCCAACUUCAGUCAUUUUCAGCUUCUUCCUUUCAAAGAAAUGAUGGGCUCUACGGUCCUCCAUUGACAGAAGAACAAGAUGGUACAGAGCCAGGGGUGUUACAAGAACACCAAACAACAGUUUCUACCAUUCACUGGAAUUUUAUUAUUGUGGAAGUUGGACUGAUAUUUGGCCAUGGUAUGAUUUUUGGUCCACUCCUGUUUUGGAAGCAAUGGAGAAUAUGGUAUUGGAAAGUUAUUAACAAAAUUCUCUGUUCGAUCUUCCCUCAACUGUAUUUUGAAUAUGUAACCAAGAGAGGUCAAACCUAUGCAACUCUAAGGUGGCAACAUUAACU